AUCAUGGUCAUACUACCAAUGCCGGAUGCGUAUUUGGCGGAAUGGCACCUUCGACUCCUGGAGGAAUCUUUGGUGGAGCUUCCAAAUGCUAGUUCCAUAUUCGGAGGAGGCGCCCCACAAAAUCUAUUUGGUCAAACGCUGACAAGUACUGAUGUUACUGUUGGACGUUUUGGGCGCGCGCAGCAAGGGACCGGAGGUUUGUUCAGCCAAUCAUUACUACAGCAGCAUCAAAUUAAACCUUCGUCCAUCGUAGGUUUGUGUUCUUCCCAAGCUCAACAGAACGCAGGUGGUAGUUUAUUUAACCAAAGUAUUCAGAAGCAGCAAAUAACAAAUGGGGGAAACGUUUUUACCCAAUCCACGCAAUCUCAACAAAUGCAAACUCCGCCGAAUUUUGGCAUGUACCAGAGCAACAAACAGGAGGCGCAAUCAGUUUUUGUACAGCAAAAUGUUUUUUCACAACAAACCCCUGGUUGCAUAUUUGGUCAAGUGGCACAAACUACGUCUUCUGCCAACUUAAAUAAUUUAUUUGCUCAAUCGCUCAGCGCACCAAAUGGCACAGCACAUUUUACUAAUACAGCAGCAAUACCCUCACAAAGCGUAUUCGUCCAGGCAUUGUGUCAAAAUCAGAAUACACCUGCAAACAUUUUUUCUCAACCUGACGAAACAAUUGCAACGACUUCUGUUUCAAUGGAACCACCUACAAAUUUUUUCCAACAAACCCCUCGUUCCAAUCAGUCAACUGCUUUCGGGAAGCAAGUGGGUGAAAACACCUCAUCUCAGGCUCUAUUGCAAUCACCGGUAGUAAGCAGUUCUGUUUACAGUAAAUUGGCGGAUCUAACACCUGACGAAAUUGAAGCUUUUAAAGCGGAUGCUUUUACUCCCAGGAAAAUUCCAAAUGUUCCUCCACCUCCAGAGUUUAUCAAUUAGUUUAAAACAAAUUUUACAUUUUCAUUGGUAUCCUUGGGAUACUCCUCUCCUUUAAAAGUCCAACCGUAAAGCGUUAAUAAAUGAUAGCACCAUUGAAGCAAUAUGCAAUAAAAUUUAAGAAGGCACCUUAAAUCUAGUGUGGACAGGAGAUUGGAGUUUCUCCAGCAUUGAUUUAUAAUUUUAUUUAAUUUUUUGUGCGAAGUUUGCCGGCCAUUUGUUGAUAUUUUCCCUCCAAGUCGCGAAAUUUAUUUUUCCUGCAAUCCGGCGUGGGAAGAAUAUCUGCAAUCCUAUCAACUUUACGUGGUGUGAUGCUCCCAGGGAUCUGUAUUGUAUUCAGAUUGGAAAUAAUCAUUUUCUAUAUCUCCUUUGAAAAUUUCGUCAUUCGUUUAAUACACUUUGCACUCAAAAAUUCAAAAAAGAUUUCGCGCUUCCCCACUUAAAUGAACGCCAUGUGUUUUUUUUUUCAAUAAAUUUCGUGUUCACUUUCAGUAAAUGCGAAUAUUAAAUCAAUUUAUAAUAUAAAUUUUUUUUCAGUGCUGA